AUGACCACCAAUUCAAUAUAUUCUACAUUCUGUCCCCCUGGCAAUCUAGCUGGCAUAUCUGUUUACCAGAGCGAUGUUGACACAUCACAUACGCUCAUUGCUCGUGUUUUCAACAACAGCGGCUUAUUCCAAGAACAUAUUUCAACCACACCACUUCCAAAGUUACGUAUCAUCUCCAUACACUCCAAGUCAUCAAUCUUGCCGCUCCAAAUCUCAAGGGAUGCUCUACAGACGCUCAAGGACACCUAUAGUAUUGGUGACGAGUUAUGGAACUUGACUUCGACAUUCGGGGACAAACCCAUGAGUGCAGCUGUAGGUGAAGGAGGAAUGAAAGUACAAAGUGGCGAGAAUGGUAUUCAAGAUAUCUCUUACAGACUCACAUUUCCAACGCCACUGCCAGGGGGAGUUCACAGGUGGACUAUGCGCCAAAUGGCUGUUUUCCACCACCAUGAUCCUAACGACCUUCAAAAUCUCUGGAUCUUCUUUCAUGUCCGUUCUGAUACACCCAUGCAGAAAGAAAUUGAGAAAUAUGCCUCGCUUUCCCAGCAGGGGCUGCGCUCAGACCAUGCGUGGUAUGCACUUCAUUCUGCGGCUUUCUCUUCUUAUCUGGAUAAUUGGCGCUCCUAUAUGAACAGCUUAGGUCACAAAGUGGAUAGACAUACUGAUGAAUCCCUGGACUUCAUUUUGAGAAAUGUCGAUCGCAUUUUGACUGCUGGGGGUGCAACCAACUUGACGGAUAUUCACAACACACGCGACCUUUUAGUGCCUACCUCAUACAGAUUGAGGGUAAUAUUGGACACUCUCGCAAAAUUAGGUGAUUUGAGCAGUGUUCUGAGUUCACAGCAUAACAGUGCAGACAACGGCUUUCAAAAACUUGUCACGUGUGUGGGAUACCACAAAGAUCGUCUAGAGGGGUGUGUUGUUGGGGUAGACGUGCUGAAGGAGAAGGUUAAGGACAUAUUAAACAUGUCUACAUUAGGGUUGGAUGUCAGGAUGACUCACGAGAUACUCGACCUCAACAACCGAAUGGUUCAAUUGAAUGACCGCAUGAUUAGGGCCAACAAGGUGGUCGCUUUCCUGACGGUUAUUUAUUUACCCGCAAGCCUUGCAUCGUCUAUCUUCGGGAUGAACUUGUUCAAGUUCGAUGAUGGGACAACUGAAGAAUUCCAAGUAUCUAGGAAAAUCUGGAUCUAUGUUGUUGCAACAUUUACCUUGGCAAUUGUUACAAUGGGCAUGUCGCAUCUAUGGUCUCACAAAGAGCAGAUACUAAGGCGUAGUUUGUGCUUCCCGAAGCUCAGAAUAUAUCAGGAGACCAAGGAGAUGUCGAGUGAUACUUAA